AUGUUCACUAAAAUUUUAAAAAAGUUUUUUUCGUCCUAUGAAAAACUAAAAGAUAAUGAAGAUGAAAAUGAACCAUCAUCAAAUUCAACAAAUAAUUUUUAUAAAACAUGUCCAGAAGAUAAUUCAUCAAAAUGGUCAAAAAUUAGUUUUAAUUGGGUAACGAAAUUAAUAAUGAAAGGUUAUUUAAAAGAGUCAUUAGAAAUGAACGAUAUUUAUGAUUUACCAGAGUUAAAUAAAGUCCAAACCACAUCAAAACUAUUGGAAGAUAUAGAUUUAUCAAAUAAUUCUAAUUAUACAUUAAUAAAACAUAUUUAUAAAAAAUUUUUACCAAAAAAUAAAUAUGCUUUAGUUUCAAAUUUAUUUAUAAUAAUUUUUACAUUUUUAUCACCAAUUUGUUUAAAAUUUUUAAUAAAUUAUAUUUCAAUACAAGAUGAAAAUGAAAAAUCCAUUUUAAAAGGAAUUUUAUUAUGUUGUUUAUUAUGUUUAUGUGUUUUAGGACAAUCAAUUUCACAAGAAUUAUUUUAUUGGUUUGGUAUUAAAAAUGGAUUUGAUGUUAGAGGUGCAUUAGCAGCAAAGAUAUUUGAAAAAACAUUAAAAUUAUCAAAUGCAUCAAGAAAGGAAUACAAGUCUGGAAAAAUUAUGAAUAUUAUGUCAAUUGAUGUUGCAAACAUAUCUGAAUACUUUUGGACACAUCAUAUUAAUAUAGUGUCCCAUUUCAUCCAAAUAUUAAGUUUAGUGGGAUUAUUAUGUUAUGUAGUUGGUCCAAGUGGUUUAGUUGGAUUUGGUGUAAUGGUAAUUGCAUUACCAAUCAAUGCAAUGUUAUGCGCAAAAUCUAGUAAUUAUUUAGAGAAAUCAUUGGAAUAUUCAGAUUCAAGAACUAAUUUAACCAGUGAAUUAAUAACCAAUAUUAGACCAUUUAAAAUGUAUGCAUGGGAGAAUUUCUUUAUAAAUAAAAUUGAUGGACAAAGAAAACAAGAAUUAAAGAAUAUAUUCCUACGUAUUUUUUACUCAAUACUUGAUCAUAUGAUGAUUGAAACCAAUGCAACCUUAGUAUUAGUAUCAACAUUUGCAACUUAUUCAUUAAACGGUAAUACAAUGAGUUUAGAUGUAACUUUCACAGCAAUGACAAUAUUUUCAAAAUUAGAAGUGCCUUUAAUUCGUCUACCUUAUGAUAUUUUUAAAGCUAUUGGUUUAAUACCAUCAGUCAAAAGGGUUCAAAACUUUUUAAAAUCUUCUGAAUCUUUAAAAUAUAAUAAAAAUUUUAAAAAUGAAAAUCAAAAAAUAACAACAACAAAAGAAAAUAAUAAUCAACAUGGCCAAGAUAAUGAUAUUAUAGUUGAAAAUUGUACAUUUCAAUGGAAUGAACCUGAAAAUAAUAAUAUAUUUGAAUUAAAUUAUGGUGACAAUGAAGAAGAAGAAAAUCAAGAUGAAUCAAUUAAUAAAAAAGAAAAUGAUAAUGAAGAAUUUAAUUAUAAAUUAAAGGAUAUUAAUUUAAUAGUACCAAAAGGUAAAUUAACUAUGAUUUGUGGUGUUGUUGGUAGUGGUAAAACAAGUUUAAUUUUUGGUUUAAUUGGUGAAAUUUAUAAAUUAAAUGGUAGUGUUAGUGGUGUACCAAAUAAUAUUUCAUUUACAAGUCAACAACCAUUUUUAUUAAGUGCAUCAUUAAGAGAGAAUAUUCUAUUUGGAAAUGAAUUUGAUAUAGAAAGAUAUAAAAAAGUUAUUGAAUCAACAGCAUUAACAAAAGAUAUAGUAAAUUUAGCAGGAUUGGAUUUAACAGAGAUUGGAGAACGUGGUAUUAACCUUUCAGGAGGUCAAAAACAGCGUAUAUCAUUAGCACGUGCACUUUAUGCAAAUUCAGAUUGUUUUAUUUUUGAUGAACCUUUAUCAGCUGUAGAUCCUGAAGUCGCAUCACAUUUAUUCGAUCAUUGUAUUCAAGGAGAAUUAAUGAGAAAUAAAACACGAAUUUUAGUAACUCAUCAACUUCAAUUCAUUCCAUAUGCAGAUCAUAUUAUAGUUUUAAAUUCGAAUGGUCAAUUAAUUCAAGGUACAUAUCAAGAAUUAAAUGAAAAAGGUAUUGAUUUUAAAUCAAUUUUAAAAACAAAAGAAAUUAAAAAAAAUGUUGAAAAUGAAACUGAUAGUGAAGAGUUAAUAAAAAAUGAAAUUGAAAUCGAAAAUGAAAUUAUUGAUGUUAAUAAUGCUAUUAGUGAUAAGAAUGAUCCAAAUUUAAUCGAGAAAGCAAAAUUAUUAGUUAAAGAAGAUAAAAAUGAGGGAGAGGUAGAAUUUAAUGUUUAUAAAAAAUACUUUAGUUAUGGAUCAUCAGGUGUAACACUUUUCAUCACUAUUUCAUUAUUUUUCGUUGGUCAAGCCAUUUUUAAAGUUUCAGAUUUUUGGUUAACAAUUUGGACAGAAAGAUCAAUUGAAGGCAAAAGUGAUUCAUUUUACAUUGGUUACUAUUUAUUAAUUUUUGGUACUUUUGUUGUAAUCUUGAUGAUACGUAUUUUACUAUUGUGUCGUAUUACAUUCAACGUUGGUAAAAAUUUACAUUCAGCACUAUUAAAAUCAGUAACAUAUGCAUCAUGUAGAUUCUUUGAUACAAAUCCAUCAGGUAGAAUUUUAAAUAGAUUCAGUAAAGAUACUAGUGAUAUUGAUAUUCAUAUGUUUGAUAUAUUAACCGAGGUUUCAAUGUGUUUCUCUGAAUUAACAAUUGGUUUAAUUUCUAUUGUUUUCAUUAUUCCAAUUAUGGUAAUUCCAUUAAUUAUUUUAUCCAUUGCCUACUAUAUACUUCAAAGAUUAUAUAGACCAUCAGCAAGAGAAUUAAAUAGAUGGGAAUCUAUUACAGUUAGCCCAAUUUUUUCAUUACUUCAAGAGUGCUAUAAUGGUUUACUUACAAUUAGAACUUAUAAACAAGAAUCUAGAUUUAUUAAAGAAAUGUUUGACAAUAUCAAUAUUAAUUUAGGUUGUUUUUUUUAUAGUUUCGCAGUUCAUAGAUGGGUUUCUAUGAGAUUGGAAGUUAUGGGUUGGAUAAUGGUAUUUUUUACCUCAUUAAUUGCAACAUUAUUCAUUUCAAACAAUGGACUCGCUGCGUUAUCAGUCACAACUGCUUUGAGUUUAAAUGGUUAUCUAAGUUGGGGAAUCCGUAGAAUCGUUGACUUAGAAGUUAAAAUGAACUCAUUCCAAAGAAUUCAAAGUUAUAUUGAAAUUCCAAAAGAAGGAAAUAAACUCGUAUCAACAAACUCAAAUGAAGUUGAUAAUCAUACAAUUAAGGAUGCUGAUUUAGUUAAUUGGCCAAAUAAAGGUAUUAUAGAGUUUAAAAAUGUGGAAAUUAAAUAUCGACCAAAUUCAGAACCAAAUUUAAAAGAUUUAUCAUUUAAAGUUCAAUCCAGCGAAAAGAUUGGAAUAGUUGGUAGAACUGGUGCCGGUAAAACAACUAUCGCUUCAUCAUUAUUUAGAAUGGUAGAAUGUUCAAAAGGUUUAAUAUUAAUUGAUGGUAUUGAUAUAUCAAAGGUUCAAUUACAAAAACUAAGAUCAUCAAUAGGUAUUGUACCUCAAGAUCCAUUCAUUUUCACAGGUACAAUUCGUUCAAACAUUGACCCAUUCAAUGAAUUCACUGAUUUUGAAAUUUGGGAAUCAGUUGAAAAAGUUAAAUUAAAGGAUGCAAUCAAUUCAAUGCCAUUAAAAUUAGAGACAGCACUACAAGAGAAUGGUGAUAAUGGUUUCUCAUAUGGUCAAAAACAAUUAUUAUGCCUUUGUAGAACGAUUUUAAAAAAUUUUAAAAUCAUUUUAAUGGACGAAGCCACAAGUUCAAUUGAUUACCAUACAGCUCAAUUAAUCAAACAAACAAUUCAAGAAAACUUUAAAGAUUGUACAACCUUAACAAUUGCUCACAGACUUGAAACAAUUAUUGAUUGUAAUAAAAUAGCAGUAAUAGAUAGUGGUCAAUUAAUAGAAUUCGAUACUCCUUCAAACUUAAUGAAUAUUCCAAAUUCCAAAUUUAAUAAAUUAAUUAAAUCUCAAACUGAUUAUAAUAACAAUGAAAAAACAAUAAUAAACAAAUAA